GUAUCCUGGGGCCAUUUACGGUAAAGUUUUUAGCACUUCAAAAACUGAAGUCAAGGUUUGGACCAAGACGAAAUAAAACAAAAAUUGAGUAACAUUUAAGUUUGGUAGAACAGGUUUUUGUACUCUGAAAAGGAGUGGAUGCUGUUGAGAUAAUAUGCGCAAAGCAAAAAUUAGAUAAAUUCCAGGCAAAAAUCGAGAGCGUCAUCAAGUUUUAGUGGGGAAGGUCAACUGGUGUACAAACCAGAGGUUGCACAUGUCCGAGAGUCAUUCAUGUGUUGCGAGCGGUCGCAGAAAGGAACGUGACCAAAAAAAAUCAUUUUGAUUUUGUGUGAGACAAACAGUUUAAUGAAAAAAGAAGUUAAAGAAAGAAGUUGAUGUUGAGAAAUACUAAAUAUGAAGGUCAUAAUAACAACGAUACUUUUUUAUCACGUUUCAUUGGCCCAGUUGGUUUAUCCAGAUGAUAGAGUCUUAAAUAUUUUUGGAUCUCCUCCCACAUCAACUCAACAAGCUCGAGGAAUCAACACAAACGAUCAAAUCGAUUUACUUUUAUCGCAGGGAAUAACAAAUUUGGCGAUUUCAAUAAAUAAUUUAAACUUAAACGAGAAUAAAAACGUCGUUUUUUCGCCAGUUAGCAUAGCGAGUGCGUUAGCUUUGCUUUUGUUGGCGUCAAAUGGAAGAACUUUUCAAGAAUUAACGAAUGUAAUGGGGCUAAGUUCUGGGAUAAACGUUUCUUCUCGCACACAAGAUGUUCACGAGCAUUUAGGACAAUUAUUUAAAACUUUAGAAAGAAACUCUGCUGAUUUUAAUGGGAUUGUAAGAAUCGCAGCUGCUAUUUUUGUUGAAAAUUAUUUCCCAAUAAGGAGUUUGUACAAAGACACAAGCACGAGUAUUUAUCGCACGGAAAUAAGAAAUUUAGGAUUUUCAAGCCAACCAGGUUACGCCCAAAACGUAAUUAACAAUUGGGUUAACGAAAAAACCAACGGAAAAAUCACUAACAUAAUUGAUGAACCCCCACCGGCCGAUACAAAAGUAAUCAUUGUGAGUGCUUUAUAUUUUAACGGAGCUUGGGAGAUGCCUUUUUUCGAUGGUAGCACAAGAAGGAGAAAUUUUUACCCAAACGGAAGAAAAUCCCAAUCGAAUAUUCAAGCGGAAAUGAUGGCGAAUGGGGGUCAAUUCCCUUAUUACAAAGAUCAAUCGCUUAAUUGCGAAAUAAUGGGAUUCCCCUACAAAGGAAACGAAACGACUUUAUACGUAAUUAUGCCCUCGGGAUCCAACAAAGAAGUUUUGAAACAAUUCGAAAGGAGAUUAACAGCUAACGAUAUCGAAAGAUUAAUUUCAAACACAAAAUAUCGAAGCUCCGUGGUUCUUUUUCCUAAAAUGCGAUUAGAAUCGACGAUGAGUUUAAAAGGAACUUUACAAAACCUCGGUGUAAAUGCUUUAUUUAAUCCUCAAUUAGCUAAUUUGGCUCUCCUUUCACCCGGACCUGGUAAUUUAGAAAAUCGAAGCCCGGUUAUACCGCAAAAUCAUAAAAAUAAUCGAAACGAAUUUCUUAUAUUCAACCGAUUUGGAAACGAUGAUGAUGAUGAAUCGAACGAUUCGGAAACAAAUUGUACUCAAAUUUUUGAUCCUAAUAGCAACAUAACAAGAUGCGAAGAGGUUGAUAAAAUAACCCACAAACAAGUGACGUAUAAAAAAUUCGGAGAUAAAGUAGGACGAAGAGUUACAAGACAAAUCGGAAUCGAUUCUUUGGAUAAAUUGAGGAGUGUUUUAAACGGCGAUCCGAGUAAAUUAAACGUUGAAAAUCCGGGACUUUACGCCGAUAAAGUUUUACAUAAAGUUUAUAUUGAUAUUACUGAAACUGGGACUGAAGCGGCCGCCGUUACAUCGACCAGUUUGUACAGAGGAGGAGAUAUCGUUACGUUUAGGGUCGACGUUCCAUUUUUGUUCUUCAUUAGAAACGAACAAACGCGGUUAACGUUGUUUUGGGGCACCGUUUAUGAGCCCACACCUAAUUAUAGAGUUUAAUAAAAUUGUAAGGUUAUAAUUUUUAUUUUA